ACUCUAUCUCCAGCUCUGGCCAAAUAAAUAAAUGAAUAAAUAAAAUAAGUUUAGAUGGCUAAGAAAAGUGGUGCAGAGAAUGGACAGGGCUUCUGCCCCGUAAAAUUAGCUGAGUGUAUUAAUCAUAAGGCAGAAGGCUGCAUCUGACUGUGGGCUUUAGUAACCGGAACCAUCUGCCUCUACGCUAAGAGUUCGCCCUCUAAUCCAGCUUACAACUAGCAAAAGCACUCUCCCCUAUCCUGUGCCCUUGGACCGAGGAAGCUGCGCAAAUCCUUCGCUCCCAAAUGUGUGGCCGUGGUUGAGAACAUUUGGAGGCUUUACUUUGGUCUGGCUUUGUUUACUGUCAGGCUUUAACUGGGUUUCAGCUCUCUAAGGGCAGAGACCAUGGCUUUCUUUGUGAAAAAUAUGAUAAGUAACCAAGUAAAGAAUUUAGGAUUUGGAGGUGGGUCUGAAGAAAAGAAAGAAGAAGGAGGGACCUCGGACCCCGCAGCAGCUCAAGGGAUGACUAGAGAGGAAUACGAGGAAUACCAGAAGCAGAUGAUUGAAGAGAAGAUGGAGAGAGAUGCUGCAUUUACUCAGAAAAAGGCAGAGAGGGCAUGCCUCCGAGUCCACCUCAGGGACAAAUACAGGCUCCCAAAGAGUGAAAUGGAUGAGAUGCAAAUCCAAUUGGCUGGGGAUGACGUGGAUUUGCCGGAAGAUCUCCGAAAGAUGGUAGAUGAAGACCAAGAUGAGGAAGAAGAGAAGGAUUCUAUCCUUGGGCAGCUGCAGAACCUCCAGAACAUGGACUUGGAUGCCAUUAAAGAAAAGGCACAAGCCACCCUCACAGAAAUCAAGCAGUCAGCAGAACAGAAAUGUUCUGUGAUGUGAGGGGUGGUGGGGUAAUGGAAGGAGAGAGGGAGGUCACCUGCAGGAAGACAGGUCUCCUGGGGGUGGGGGGUGACCAUGAUGCAUCAGAGCAUAGCAAAUACAUUUAGGGAAGCCAUGAUGAUAAAGCUGUCUACAAACACGUAGACCACAAUUCAGGCAAUCUUGAUGUACCUAACAGAGCACCAACUAGCUCUUGCAGCAGGUAACAUACUUCCUUUUUCAUUAUAGCCAUGAGUAGCUAGGAAGUACCAGCUCUAAAUUAUGGUGCAGAGCCAUCUGGUUAAAGGUCUUUCGGACAGCCAGAAGGAACCAAAAACAAGAGCAAGUAGAAUUUCCUCUCCACUGUCUUUCCUAGUGAGCAGGGUCUCACAAUGUCCAACCGGUUAUAAGAGUGAUGCCAGUUACCUACAGAGAAAGGCACCUAUUACUAGGACUACAGGCAACAGAGAAAUCAAACAACAAACCACCUCUUAUUCCCAGCAUCCUUGAUAUCUAUGAUGUUUUUUUCUUAAAUUUGGCUUAGACAUUGUGCAAGUCACUUCUCUUCUGUGAUCAGAUACCUGACAGAAACACGGUAAAGAGAAGAAAGACCUACUUGAGCCCACUGUUCAGAAGGUCCACUCCAUGGUUGCUUGGCUCCAGGGGAUUGAGCAGGAAGGAGACAGGAUGGAGUGGAGAGCCAAGAACUAGAAACACCCAGUGAUCCACUUCCUUCAGCUAGGUCCUACCACCCAAGAUUUCCAGAACCUCAAAAAACAAAUCGCUAACCGGACAUUUCAUCUUGACAACCCCAAAUUUCCCAAUAACCAUUUGCCAUUGUCCCUCCCAAUGAAGACUACCAGCUUGAGGACAAGCUCCCAGCACAUGAUCCUUUUAGGGAACAUUGCCGGUCUGAGCUAUAGCAGACAUGAUUUCAGCCAAGUGGCAGUGGUGGUUAGGAAUGUGGUCAAAAAUAAGAAGCAGAGGCAGAAAGUAGACUUCACCAGCCCUCUGCACUGGGGGUCAUCAGCAGGUGCAGAAUGACCUUGAAGGAGGUGAGGUUCAAGAGUGAGGGAUGCUAAGAGAGCCGUUUCUACCUGUGAGUGGAGCAUGCUUCCUCUGAACUCUGAUAGCUGUGGGGGCACAGGGUAGACAAACAGAACUAACAAUUCAGUAAAGCUGACAUUCUUUAUCCACUUAGCUUCCCUCUCCCUGUUUCUUUUCCCAUUGCUCUAAGUUCUACUCCGCAGCUCGCCUUCCAGGACAUUACAACGACAUUCUGAACUAUUUCUCCGGGUUGACACCGGUGUCUUUUUCCCAACACCAGCUCAUUCAAAGACAGCGAAUCGACGCUUUGCCUCCAAAACACUUAGAGCUGUUUAGCCAACACCAAUCAAAACAAAACAAAAGGGGCUUUUUAGUGAAUCUGUUUGUCCUAGGACACAAAUAAGGGUAGAGGACCAUUUUAUCAAGAAGAAAUUCUCUAUUAGAGGGUAAUAAGAUAAAGAUACGGGUCAUACCUGGAUUCAUGGGUUCAGUGUAUAAAAUGCAGCUUCAUGCUAUAAAGGCAUGUGAAUAAAACCAAGUAGUGAAGUUCAGAACUGAUGGCCCUUACCAAUGUUUGGCUCUGCCCAGAAAGUCCUGGUGAUUAUUGGUGCUGUGUGUGAGGCUGAUUCACCUUGUAGCAGCCACAGCCCCUCACACCACGGACACACUCUAAAACCACACCCUUCUAUCAGAACUAGUAUGAGUUGUUUUCAUUUUACAUAAGGAACCUUAAAAUAUACUUUUAAAUGACAUGUUAAGUGGAUGCCUGUCACUGUCCUAUAGUCAAUGGGGUGGUGGGCUGGGCUGGGUGAGGGGUGCUGUGUCUGCCUGAGAUUUGGGCUUUUUUUCUUUUGUGACAUAAAACGCAUGUCUAAUUAUUCAACAGAGCACCUGCAGGAUGGUACAAAGAUUCACUUUCCUAUACAAUAUGAAACCAACAUGCCUAAGGACAUCACUAAAUUGUCACUUCAUCUUGACAGACCAAGUUACCACAAUACCAUUUGGUCACUGCCCCAGUGGAGCAGUAUGCCCUGCAGAGGACUGGCCACGAUUCCACUUGAGUCACAAUAUGCCACACCAUAGCACCACUACACACCAAACCACAGCACCACUACAAAACAGCAGCAUUCAUAACACCACAGCACAUUAGCACAGCAUAGCACCGCAUUACACCACAACACUGCCCACCGGACUCUGCCAUACCAUACCACAGCAUAGCGUCACAGGACCCCAUAAUGUAAUCGUCAAAGCACACCACCCCACACAGAGUAUGCAUGCUGAGUUACAGCAUGACACAUGCCAAGCACUAACUUUGACCACACCCCAGAACAUCAUGCCAGAUCAUAUUACCUCAGUUAACACCAAACCUCAAGUUCAUGGAAUGAGGUGGGGAGGAUGUGUAUAUUAAG